AGACAGUUGGUAGAACUGAUUAUUAUGGCGGCAAAUGGAAAACGUCAUUGAAAUGUCAGUGUGAAAAGAUAAUAGAGUUCAUAUUGGGUUAUCAAAAUUGAUAAAAUUCGUUCUUGUUUUAAGAAAAGAAGUAAUACAAUUGUGAGGAUUACUAAGGAUUUAGGUUGGAAUAUAUAAAAGAUGAGUAACAACGUAUUACGAGCUUGUUUUCGUGAUAUAACUCGCAGAAUUAACUCGCACACAUCGCAAAUUUUAUCCAAUCCUGUACAGAAAUUGCAAGCAAUAAUACACCAUAAUAAUAAAAUAUUUGUAGUUAGAAAUUUUAAUACCACUUCAAUCAUGAGUAACAAAGUUUUGAAUGGAAAUUUGUGGGACACUGAUCCUGAAUUAUUUGAUAUAAUCAAGAAAGAGAAGCAACGGCAAGCAAGUGGUUUAGAGAUGAUUGCAUCUGAGAACUUUACAUCUGUGCCUGUACUGCAAUGCCUUAGUUCAUGCUUGCACAACAAAUAUUCUGAGGGCAUGCCAAAUCAAAGAUAUUAUGGAGGCAAUGAAUUUAUUGAUGAAAUUGAAAUAUUAGCACAGCAGAGGUCACUGGAGGCAUAUAAACUGAAGGCUGAGGACUGGGGAGUGAAUGUACAACCUUAUUCAGGUUCACCAGCUAACUUUGCAGUAUACACCGGUCUUGUGGAGCCCCAUGGCCGCAUCAUGGGCUUGGACCUGCCCGAUGGCGGCCAUCUCACACACGGUUUCUUUACAGCCACUAAGAAGAUAUCUGCCACUUCUAUCUUCUUUGAGAGCAUGCCUUAUAAGGUGGAUCCUAAAACAGGUCUCAUAGAUUAUGACAAGUUAGCAGAAACAGCAAAGCUUUUUAAGCCGCGGUUAAUUAUAGCUGGUAUAAGUUGCUAUUCGCGCUGUCUGGACUACAAGCGCUUCAGGCAGAUUGCAGAUGACAAUGGUGCCAUUUUGAUGGCGGAUAUGGCGCAUGUCUCUGGACUUGUUGCUGCAGGCCUCAUCCCAAGUCCAUUCGACGUCUGUGACGUAGUAACCACGACCACGCACAAAACUCUACGCGGACCCCGCGCGGGAGUCAUUUUCUACCGCAAGGGGGUCCGCUCGGUGAACGCUAAGGGGGAGAAGAUUAUGUACGACUUCGAGAGCAAAGUGAACCAGGCGGUGUUCCCUGGACUUCAGGGCGGGCCCCACAACCACGCCAUUGCUGCCAUCGCCACUGCUAUGAAACAGGCCACCAUGCCCGAAUUUGUGGAAUACCAACGGCAGGUGAUAAAGAACGCUCAGCGAUUGUGUUCGGGCCUGAUGUCGCGCGGCUACGACAUCGCCACCGGCGGCACCGACGUCCACCUCGUGUUAGUGGACAUGCGCAGCGCAGGCCUCAGCGGGGCGCGCGCCGAGCGCAUCCUGGAGCUGUGCAGCGUCGCGUGCAACAAGAACACCGUGCCCGGCGACAAGAGCGCGCUCAACCCUAGCGGCAUCCGGCUGGGUACACCAGCAUUAACUACAAGAGGCUUAAAAGAAACAGACAUUGAUAGAGUAGUCGAUUAUAUCGACAAAGCAUUGAAGCUCGCUCAAGAAAUCACGAAAAUAUCUGGACCUAAAUUAGUAGACUUCAACAAGGUUGUUGUUGAAAACGCAGACAUCAAGGCUAAAAUUAAUAGCCUCAAGGAAGAUAUCGAAACCUAUAGCCGAUCAUUCCCUCUACCUGGCUAUGAAACAUACUAAAAUUUGAAAUUUAAUGGCAUACAUAGAUAAUUCUAUUUUCAGAAGACUUUGGUUCUAAUAGGAAGAUUUACAGACAGGCAUCUGACUGGCGCGUUUGUCUGAACUGAAGGACAAUUAGCUAAAUGGAAAAAUUAUUUAUCAUUCUUUUUUUGUAUUUAAUUUAUCCAUAUGUCUGUAAGCGAUUGGUGUGUGAUCAUAGCAACAUUUUUUUUUGGUUAACGUAUUUUGAUGUAAUAACUUAACUUAAUUAACUUACUUAACUUAAUAAGUAAUUUAACAAUGUUUCUACUGUACUUUGUUCCUUUAGUUAACACACACACAAAUGCGUUUGUUCUGACACUUUACUACUACAAUCAAAGCCAAAACAUCAUAAAAAGAUAAAAUGCAAGCAUGGCGUUUUGCCCAAAUGCCCAAAUAUUGCCAUUUAAAAAAUGUUCCUAUAGUUAUUUAUAGUGAUUUUCUUUCUCUUUUAUUUUAUCGUACAUUUUGUAUCUGUUGAAAAAUUAUAAGAUAGAUACCAAAAUCACUAUUAUUUUAUAUACUAGAUAAUUUUAAACUACAAAUUCUCGAAAAUGUUAGUUACAUUAACAACAUUACAGAAAUAUUGCAUUUUUUUAUAAUAUUAUAACUGUUAUGAUACCUAGCUAUCAUAAGUAUCCUUGUAUCGAAGUAUGAAUCUCUUUUUAUGUACUCAUGUAUUGUGCUUAAAUUAUACUUUACUAUUUUGGUACCAAA